GCCUCACAACUGCUCAGAUUAGCGGGACGCAGUUGGACAGAAACCUCAGAUUACUGUCGCCUUUUUCCUGCGAGAUUACUCCGCUUAAACUUCAAUUAAAUGCACAAUUCACGCAGUUUGGAACCGAAGCCGUACUCUAACCCGUGGCUGGUCCGUGAGAGUCCCCGCGGAGGGGAGUGACAUGCCCGCGGCGGAGCUGCACGUUUCUGCGGGGAUUGGAGCCGCAGCAGCCCGCUGAAGUUUGCUGCUUCUCCUCGGUGACAAAAGGAGCUCCACGCAGCGCUUUUACGGGUUUAUUCGACGCCAGCGUUGCCGUUAAAGUCCGGGGGGGUGUUUGACAUGCAGGACGUAGAUGUGAGCCGCGGCUGCCUCGUUGUUGUUGACGGACAUGGAGGACGUAGAGGCGCCAUAUGAAUAGCGUUGGUCCAAAAACCAGCCCAGGCAGCGUUUAUUUCACCUCAACUAAAUGUAAAGGAUCCCGUUGGAUCAGGCUAUCAUGGAUCUGUUUCCCCGGCCCAGCGGUGAAAUCCAGAGGAGGAAUCCUCAGCACGACUUCGAGCUCAUCCAGAGGGUCGGAAGCGGCACAUAUGGAGACGUGUACAAGGCUCGAAACAUACAGACGGGAGAACUCGCUGCUGUGAAGAUCAUAAAGUUGGAACCAGGGGAUGACUUUUCCAUUAUACAGCAGGAAAUCUUCAUGGUGAAGGAAUGCAUGCAUCACAAUAUCGUGGCCUACUUCGGGAGCUACCUUUGUCGUGAAAAGCUUUGGAUAUGUAUGGAGUACUGUGGUGGAGGAUCUUUACAAGAUAUCUAUCACGUGACGGGUCCUCUGUCAGAACCUCAGAUCGCGUACGUCUGCAGAGAGACCUUACAGGGUCUGGGGUAUUUGCACAACAAGGCCAAGAUGCACCGGGACAUCAAGGGUGCAAACAUCCUUCUCACAGAUAAUGGAGAUGUGAAGUUAGCUGACUUUGGAGUUGCAGCCAAGAUAACAGCCACCAUUGCCAAAAGGAAGUCCUUCAUUGGAACACCUUACUGGAUGGCUCCAGAAGUAGCAGCGGUGGAGAAAAACGGCGGCUACAACCAGCUGUGUGACAUCUGGGCCGUCGGCAUCACGUCCAUCGAGCUGGCCGAGCUCCAGCCUCCCAUGUUUGACCUGCAUCCCAUGAGGGCCUUGUUUUUGAUGUCUAAGAGCAGCUUCCAGCCCCCGAAGCUGAAAGACAAAAGUAGAUGGUCUACAGCGUUUCAUAACUUUGUUAAGGUUUCUCUAACAAAGAACCCCAAGAAGCGGCCCACAGCAGAGAAACUUCUAUUGCAUAUGUUUGUGGGUCAGACGGGUUUGACGAGGAGGCUCGCCAUCGAUCUCCUGGACAAGAUGAACAACCCGGACAACCACCAGCAUUACGGCGAAGUGGACGACGACGACCUGGAGCCUCUCUCUGCAGUCAGACACACCAUCCGCUCCACCAACAAACAGGCCCGGGCCGAGAGGACGCGCUCGGAGAUCGACUUUGACAAGCUCCAGUUCAAACCACCUCUCCAGAAGGAAACGGAGGCCCACUCGGAAAUGGACGUGAAUAAAGAUAACGACUUCUCUUCCCCCUGGAGUCCCUUUGCAGAGGGAGGAAUAACAACCAGGAGCCUUCUCAAAAGCGUUGAGGAUGAAUUGUUCCAACGUGGUCACAUCACUCAUCUGGAAGACGCUUUUGAAGAUGUAGAACUGUCAACGAUGAAGCCAGGUGUUCCCCCUCCGCUGCCUCCGAAGCCACGUCUAAACAACUCGAACUCGAAUGAGGAGGUCGGCCUUAACGACGAGCGAUCUCUGACGGUACGGCGGUUUCCUAACUCAGAGAAUGGACCUAGCCAGGCGGCUCGCAGACAGAGCACCCCCGAGCAAGGCAGCAAGGUGGACCACUCGUCUCCAGACUUCCUGUCGGCCAGCGUGAGCAGCCCCGGCCUCCUGUCGCACGCCUCCGACCCCGCUCCCAGUAAAUCUCUAAGUAAAGAUAACGACUCAGACGGCAGCGUGAACGGAGGCAGCCCCAAACCGCCGGCCAACCAGCAGCACCGGAAGGAGAAAAAGGAGUUUCCUAAACCAGCCAUCAACGGCCUGCCGCCCACUCCCAAAGUGCUGAUGGGAGCUUGUUUCUCCAAAGUGUUUGAUGGCUGUCCGUUGAAAAUCAACUGUGCCACAUCGUGGAUCCACCCAGACACCAAAGAUCAGUACCUGAUCUUUGGGACGGAGGACGGAAUCUACACGCUAAAUCUGAACGAGCUGCAUGAAGCCACGAUGGAGCAGCUUUUCCCGAGGAAGUGCACGUGGCUGUACGUUAUCAACAACAACCUGAUGUCUCUGUCGGGGAGAUCCUUCCAGCUUUACUCCCACAACCUGAUCGGGCUGUUUGAGCAGCUGAAGAAGCCCGGCCUGGCCGCCCAGUUCCAGACUCAUCGCUUCCCGGACAAAAUCCUGCCCAGGCGGUUUGCGUUGACGACAAAGAUCCCGGACACAAAGGGCUGCCACAAAUGCUGCAUCGUGAGGAACCCGUACACCAGCCACAAGUACCUGUGUGGGGCCCUGCAGUCCGGGAUCGUGCUGCUGCAGUGGUACGAGCCCAUGCAGAGGUUCAUGCUCAUCAAGCACUUUGACUUCCCGCUCCCCAGCCCGCUGAAGGUGUUUGAGAUGCUGGUGGUUCCGGAGCACGAGUAUCCCCUGGUGUGCGUGGCCAUCAGCCAGGGCAGCGAGCCGGCCCAGGUCGUCCGCUUCGAGACCAUCAACCUCAACUCCUGCUCGUCCUGGUUCACCGAGAUGGGAACAAGUAACCAGCAGGUCGAUGCCAUCCACGUCACCCAGCUGGAGAGAGACACCGUGCUGGUGUGUUUGGAUCAGAAUUUAAAGAUCGUUAAUCUUCAGGGCAAACUGAAGUCCAGCAAGAAGCUGGCGUCCGAGCUCAGCUUCGAUUUCUGCAUCGAAUCUGUUGUGUGCCUUCAGGACAGCGUCCUGGCCUUCUGGAAGCACGGCAUGCAGGGGAAGAGCUUCAAGUCCAACGAGGUAACUCAGGAGAUUUCUGAUCAGAGCAGGGUCUUCCGUCUCCUCGGAUCCGACAGGGUGGUGGUUCUGGAGAGCCGGCCGACCGACAACCCCACGGCCCAGAGCAACCUGUACAUCCUGGCCGGACACGAGAACAGUUACUGACGCCGCGGAGACCGGACGCUUCCCGGGAACGUGAAGCCUCAGUUUUGGGAGAAAAGCUCCAGACCUGGACCUGCAGGACCUUCCCCGCUUCGCUAAAGGGAAAAGUUUGGUUUGAGCCGGUUUUCCCGGGAGCCUUUUGUUUCCGACACGCGGAUCCGCAGGUCAGUGGGAGAGCCGCUCCGGUCGCUCUGGAUCCGACAGUAAACAUUCGCCGUUUGAGCUGGAAGAGGAUUAAAAACUCAAACUUUGUUACAGUUCUUAAUUCUUUUAUUUUUUUUUUAGUUUUCUAUACUGUGGACUGAGUUACAGAGAACAUGUGUAGAGGUAUUACUGAUUUAAGUGCCAUUAAAAUUCACAAGGAUGGUGAUUGUAUUAGGAAACAACGGGAGAUUAAUCGUGAUAGUAACGUGUCACCCAUAAUCAUUGUUAGUGGGAGUCACCGGCGGCUCAGAGGAGACUUUACACGCUCGCCGGUCACAACUAAUGGAUCAGUUUAAAGUAUGAUGGGUUAUUUAAGCGAUAUUUAUUAACCUCAUCUUCAGUGGGAGCGAGUUCGGCUGCAGGGGAUGAACUAGAGAACCAUUUCUGAGCAGCUUCCUCUCUUUUUUACUGCAUUGUAAUAUAGUUGCAUCCUCAUUUCUGCUGCGUUUUUAGACUUUGGGAUAAACUGUACAUGCGUCUCCUUUUACCCUCUUCUUUUAUAGAACUUUUACUUCUUAUUAUUUGCACCAUUUAAGCACUUUUGUACAUUUUUUUUUUUAUUUAAAGUAAAAAAUGACAAAUUGAGGGUCAAUGCUAGGUUUUAUUAACAUCUCUGCAUUCCCUUUGCAACAUGUUUUAUGUGUACUGUGUUUUUUUUUGUAAUUAAAAAAAGCUAUUAACACAA